UGUGCUCCAGCGGAUUGAUUGUUCCACAGAGCGGAACGUGCCGGUUUGAUUCGGUGCAGGAUGACAACAACAACAACAACUCACCACGUAAUGGAAGAAGACAGGACCAAGUGCAGUCCAUAACACUGGAUGUUUGCUGACUCCCACGCCAUAAAGUCAUCAUGGAGAAAUCCUUGGCUGAGUUAAAUAAAGCUGGCUCCCGCUCAAUGUCCUCGCUGCAACCUGAACCAGUGGACAUAAUGCGCAGCAAGACAUGUUUCCGCAGAGUCAGGCUGAAUGUAGGGGGUCUCCCUCAUGAGGUCUUGUGGCGAACGUUAGACAGGCUACCACGAACACGUUUGGGGAAGUUAAGAGACUGCAACACCCAUGAAUCUCUGAUGGAAGUGUGUGAUGACUACAACCUCGAGGAGAACGAGUACUUCUUUGACCGACACCCGGGGGCAUUCACAUCAAUUCUGAACUUCUACCGCACAGGGAAGCUGCACAUGAUGGAAGAGAUGUGCGCACUCUCGUUCAGUCAAGAGCUCGACUACUGGGGAAUUGAUGAGAUCUACCUGGAGUCCUGUUGCCAGGCGAGGUACCACCAGAAAAAGGAGCAAAUGAACGAGGAGCUGAAAAGAGAGGCUGACAAUUUAAAAGACAGAGAUGGGGAAGAAUUUGACAACACCUGCUGUGCUGAAAAACGGAAAAAACUUUGGGACCUCUUGGAAAAGCCCAGCUCAUCCGUUGCAGCAAAGAUCCUGGCCAUCAUCUCCAUCCUCUUCAUUGUGCUAUCAACCAUUGCCUUGUCUCUGAACACCCUUCCAGAGCUGCAGGACACAGACGAGUUUGGCCAGUCCACAGACAACCCACAACUGGCCCAUGUGGAAGCUGUGUGUAUUGCCUGGUUUACCAUGGAGUACCUGCUUCGCUUCCUCUCCUCCCCUAACAAGUGGAAGUUCUUUAAGGGUCCCCUAAAUGUCAUUGACCUUCUGGCAAUCCUGCCAUACUAUGUCACCAUUUUUCUAACAGAAUCCAACAAGAGUGUGCUUCAAUUUCAGAACGUCCGCCGCGUGGUCCAGAUUUUUCGGAUCAUGCGUAUCCUUCGUAUUCUGAAACUGGCGCGUCACUCCACAGGCCUUCAGUCACUGGGCUUUACCCUGAGGAGGAGUUACAAUGAGCUGGGCCUGCUUAUCCUCUUCCUUGCAAUGGGUAUCAUGAUCUUCUCCAGUUUGGUGUUUUUUGCUGAAAAGGAUGAAGAGGAUACAAAGUUUAAGAGCAUUCCAGCUUCUUUCUGGUGGGCUACUAUUACUAUGACCACAGUAGGCUAUGGAGAUAUAUACCCCAAAACUCUCCUGGGAAAGAUUGUGGGGGGGUUGUGCUGCAUAGCUGGAGUGCUGGUGAUUGCCCUGCCCAUUCCCAUUAUUGUAAAUAACUUCUCUGAAUUCUAUAAGGAGCAAAAGAGGCAGGAAAAAGCACUCAAACGGAGAGAAGCCCUCGAUAGGGCAAAGAGAAAUGGCAGCAUUGUCUCCAUGAACUUAAAAGAGGCAUUUGCUCGUAGUGCCGAACUGAUGGAUGUGGUUGUAGAGAAAAGUGAGAGGCCUCAUGACAACCAUCUCUCUCCAAGUCGCUGGAAAUGGACGGCUAAGAGGGCUACAUCAGAGACAAGCUCAAACCGUUCCUUCAACGCCCAGGAGUUAGGUUCUCCCAGCAAGGCCCGAGCAAACAGUCCCCAAAGGCUAAAUGUGCAGAAGCUAGAGGAGAUGUACAACCAGAUGGCAAAGACACAGUCACAACCCAACCUAAAUGCCAAAGACAGAGGCACUAGAGUCAGCAAACAGAGAGAUGAGAUAGAGCUGGGGGCCAUACAAGAUCACGGGCCACCAGUGUUAGGAACCAGAGAGGGAGUAGGGGACAUGAAAAGCUUGUCUAGCAUUGACAGCUACAUCAGUUGUGCAACAGACUUCCAGGAGAAUACACGUUUCCUCCAAAGUCCAGCAAUGGACCUUGGCCUUCAGGAAGGUAACCGACUCUCCCACAGUCCGGCAACAGCGUUGUCCCAGCGUGCCAGUGCGAGAACAGGUCAGCAGACCACUAGGGAGUGUCAGCCCAUGCUGACUCCUGUGUCUGUCACAAAGCCCUCAUACUCAGAUAAUGCAAGGAAAUUCUUCUUUUCUGGAAACUCCACGAAAAGUCUUAUACCUAAGGGGGGCUGCCGCAGUGAUGGGGAGUCAGGCCUGUCCCCCCUCUCAGACAGCUCAGUCCUUUCAGACCACUCUCUGUUAAGUCCUGAAGUUUCUAUCUACACCACUGCCAGCAGCAGGACCCCACCGAAGUCCCCAGAGAGCACUGCCCUGGCUCCAACUGUCUUCACCUUCCACGACUCCUCCAUCAGCAAGUACAUUGACGCCGACACAGAUGAUGACGAGCACCUGCGCGACAUCUCUGAUGCAAGUCCCUCAGAAUGUCUGUUGGCAGGAAACAGCCCAAAACGCAGCAUCAACAUCAAUUACCAGAGGGGCACCAACCAUUUAGAGGCAGCCCAGAAAAUGCUGGGCCAAAAUUGCUUGUUCCCCCUUGAAGGGAUUCGUGGGGUAGCUCAUGAGAAUCAUGUAGGACAUGAAAUGGCACAUAGACCAAAGGUUGAGAGAGGGCGUCAAAAUACUUUGGAUAAAAGCCUCUGAGGUAAAAGUGGAACAGAAACAAAUGGGAAGCCCGGGCCAGAGUGUUUGUGAUAAACACGGUAGACAACGGAAAGAGAAGAAAAAGGGUCUCACUGAAACAUUUCACGAAUUACCUUAGCAUGCUGCUGGGCAAUGAGCUCCAAGUGAACAUGUGUGGUGAAUACUCUGGGAGAAUAAACAUUUCUAAAUUGGAGAAUGUCACUGCCCAUCCUUCAGCUCAUUCCUCUUAGCGGUA